AUGUUCCUUGGUUUGGAGGAUGAUUUGGAAGAAAGCAUGCCAUGGGUAGAAAUUGAUCGAUCUACCUUGUGGAAGAAAGCUAGAGAAGAUAAACAUGUCAAUGAAGGCACUCGUACUGUCUCUGGAAGUAAUGAUGUGUUGACUACGGCUUUGGGUCCAGAGAAUCCAAGGAGAGUUAGAGGUGUUGGGGCUGAGAUUUCCACUAGGCAAUACUUCAAUUUACCUAGACAACAGAGGGUAAAGUUUGCCGAUCAAUUAAAGGAAAGUGUAAGAGAUGUCCUGAAAGAAGAGACCUUGAAGAUGGAGGCUAGAACCAAGCAAUUUGUAGAAGCUAAGAGGGAGAAUUUGCUGAAUCAACUGCGCCAACUAAUUCCAAAUUUUGAUCCAAGCGUGCUGAAACUGACAACUAUCCAAGGUCCUGAGCAAAGUCCCAAAAAUCCAAUGUCGGAUAAAGAAAGCUGCUCUGGGGCGCUAGAUGUCAGAGCCCUCAAUUUUGAGGAUGACAAUGCCAAAGAUGGAGAAAAGCAACAAGAAAUGACGUUAGAAACAACCCACAACGACGUCUUUUAUUUACCGUCGUCUCAAUUUAAAUUAGACAAAUCCAAGGAUGUAGAACAGCAAGAUGAAAUGAUAUGA